UGUGCCGGUUUGCCCUUGGCGGUGUUUCGGCCGCCUUGGGGCGCUGGCGGGCCACGCGUCUGUGACAUCCCCCCGCCGGACGGAGUCAGCGCCGGCCCCCGCAGGCAUGGCGCGGACGGUUCUGGAGAACCUCCGAACAGCGAAGCCGGCAAGCCGAGCAAUGACGAGCAGAGUGGUUAUCGCAAUUAAAUGCGAUAGAGCCACCGGCGGACUUUCCAAGUUCAAGCGCAGAUGGCUCAGCAGAGGGCUCCAAGCCCCUCGCUUCUUCGUGAACGGCUCCGCCUUUA